ACACUAGCCCGCACCUUCAGCGAGGAGAGAGGGGACUAUCCCAUAGCUCCCCACCUUUCUCCUCUGGUCGUAGCAGUCUUUCCGGAAGGGAAGGGGGCUUGGCUUGUCCGGGUGAGGUGUGAGUGGAGGGACCCUGACAUGGAAACUGCGCCCGGGAGGCAGCCUGAGCCCCAGCCCACAUGCCACUCAGGAUGAGGGCCCGGCCUUGCCUGCCCGCGCUGGGGCCCCUCCGCCCAGCCCCGGUCUAACUGCUCCCGCCCCCAGGCCUCACCCGGUCCCCAGGCCCCCAGCCGGCUCUCCAGCCCCAGGAUGCGCUGAGCCGCCAGGGGGCUGAGGCCGCGCCAACUACAUGCAUGUCCCCCGGGGGCAAGUUCGACUUUGACGACGGGGGCUGCUACGUGGGGGGCUGGGAGGCGGGGCGGGCACAUGGCUACGGCGUGUGCACGGGGCCCGGCGCCCAGGGAGAGUACAGCGGCUGCUGGGCGCACGGCUUCGAGUCGCUGGGUGUCUUCACCGGGCCCGGCGGACACAGCUACCAGGGCCACUGGCAGCAGGGCAAGCGCGAAGGGCUGGGCGUGGAGCGCAAGAGCCGCUGGACCUACCGCGGCGAGUGGCUGGGCGGGCUGAAGGGGCGCAGCGGCGUGUGGGAGAGCGUGUCCGGCCUGCGCUACGCCGGGCUCUGGAAGGACGGCUUCCAGGACGGCUACGGCACUGAGACCUACUCCGAUGGAGGCACCUACCAAGGCCAGUGGCAGGCCGGGAAGCGCCACGGCUACGGGGUGCGCCAAAGUGUACCCUACCACCAGGCGGCGCUUCUGCGCUCACCCCGCCGCACCUCCCUGGACUCGGGCCACAGCGACCCCCCGACGCCGCCUCCUCCCCUACCCCUACCAGGAGAUGAAGGAGGCAGCCCAGCCUCUGGCUCCCGAGGCGGCUUCGUGCUGGCGGGGCCAGGGGAUGCAGAUGGGUCAUCCUCCCGUAAGCGUACCCCAGCAGCAGGUGGAUUCUUCCGCCGUUCACUGCUGCUCAGCGGGCUCCGGGCUGGGGGGCGCCGCAGCUCCCUGGGCAGCAAAAGGGGAUCUCUGCGCAGCGAGGUGAGCAGCGAAGUGGGCAGCACAGGACCCCCGGGCUCCGAGGCCAGCGGGCCCCCUAUCCCAGCUCCACCCGCCCUCAUCGAGGGCUCAGCCACUGAGGUAUACGCCGGUGAGUGGCGUGCAGACCGGCGCAGUGGCUAUGGAGUGAGCCAGAGAUCUAACGGUCUGCGCUACGAAGGCGAGUGGCUGGGCAACCGAAGGCACGGAUAUGGGCGCACCACCCGGCCUGAUGGCUCCCGUGAAGAGGGCAAGUACAAGCGCAACCGGCUGGUGCACGGGGGACGCGUCCGCAGCCUCCUGCCUCUGGCCCUUAGACGGGGCAAAGUCAAGGAGAAGGUGGACAGGGCUGUCGAAGGUGCCCGUCGAGCUGUGAGUGCUGCCCGCCAGCGCCAGGAAAUCGCUGCUGCCAGGGCAGCAGACGCCCUCCUAAAAGCAGUGGCAGCCAGCAGCGUCGCCGAGAAGGCUGUGGAGGCAGCGCGAAUGGCCAAACUGAUAGCCCAGGACCUACAACCCAUGUUAGAGGCCCCAGGCCGCAGACCCAGACAUGAUUCAGGAGGUUCUGACACAGAGCCUUUGGAUGAAGACAGCCCUGGGGUAUACGAGAACGGACUGACUCCCUCAGAGGGCUCUCCGGAACUGCCCAGCAGCCCCGCCCCCUCCCACCAACCUUGGCGAGCCCCUGCCUGCCGCAGGAGCCCACUGCCUCCUGGAGGGGACUGGGGUCCCUUCUCCAGCCCUAAAGCUUGGCCCGAGGAAUGGGGCGGUCCCGGGGAGCAGGCAGAGGAACUAGCUGGCUAUGAGGCUGAGGAUGAGGCCGGGACCCAGGGUCCAGGACCCAGAGACGGUUCCCCGCUUCUCGGAGGCUGCAGUGACAGUUCAGGAAGUCUUCGAGAGGAGGAGGGGGAAGAUGAAGAGUCCUUGCCCCAGCUGAGGGCCCCAGGAGGCUCAGAUCCUGAGCCUGUCACCAUGCCAGUUUUGAGGGGCCUGUCUUCAAGGGGUCCUGACGCUGGGUGCCUGACAGAAGAGUUUGAGGAGCCUGCUGCCACCGAGAGGCCUGCCCAGCCGGGAGCUGCCAACCCCCUGGUGGUAGGAGCCGUGGCCUUGCUGGACCUCAGCCUGGCAUUCCUGUUCUCCCAGCUCCUCACCUGAGGCGACAUCCUGGCCUCCUUCUGGCUCUGGUUGCCUGCCUUUCCACCCAUUUUGGCCUGCCUUUUUCUCUUUCCCCCUCCAAGUUGUGUUUUC